GCCCAGACUAGGAACUGCUCCAGCUCCCAGGAGACCUGUCAAUCAAACUGCACACACUGCACACACUGCACUGGAUCUAAUGGGGUCUUCCAUGGAGCUUCGCAUCCAGGGAUCAGGACAUGUCUACAUGACGAUGACCGUCUGGUGACACAAGUGCAAAUGCCAGAAGAUCUUCCUUGGUAGCACCAAGGCUCAACAGAGAAAAGUAUCUCUUCAUAAUUUUUUUUUCCCCUGUGUGUGUUUCCAUCGAGCGUUCAAAACUGUUUCUCCAAAGAGUUUUGCAGAAACUAAGACUGUUUUCAAAAGCAGAAGCACCGCAGUCCACAACAGAAGUGAUGGGCAGCGUGCGAACCAACCGUUACAGCGUUGUGUCUUCAGAAGAGGACGGGAUGAAGCUUGCCACCAUGGCAGUAGCCAACGGGUAUGGUAACGGCAAGAGCAAAAUUCAUACCCGUCAACAGUGCAGGAGCCGCUUUGUCAAGAAGGAUGGGCAUUGCAACGUUCAGUUCAUCAAUGUUAGUGAAAAGGGACAGCGAUAUCUAUCUGAUAUUUUCACCACAUGUGUGGACAUUCGUUGGCGAUGGAUGCUAGUCAUCUUUUGUCUGGCUUUCAUCCUCUCAUGGCUUUUCUUUGGCUGUGUCUUCUGGCUAAUUGCUCUCCUUCAUGAAGACUUGGGGGCUCCAGAAAACCACAAACCAUGUGUCACCCAAGUCAACAGUUUCACCGCAGCCUUUCUUUUCUCCAUCGAGACUCAAACAACCAUUGGUUAUGGCUUCAGGUGUGUUACAGAUGAAUGCCCAGUUGCAGUGUUCAUGGUGGUUUUCCAGUCUAUUGUUGGGUGUAUUAUCGAUGCGUUCAUCAUCGGUGCUGUAAUGGCUAAAAUGGCAAAACCAAAAAAGAGAAAUGAAACCCUUGUUUUUAGUGACAACGCUGUGAUUGCAAUGAGAGAUGGUAAACUGUGUUUGAUGUGGCGUGUUGGGAAUCUCCGGAAAAGCCACCUUGUAGAAGCUCAUGUUCGUGCCCAGCUUCUCAAAUCCCGCAUCACUUCAGAAGGAGAGUACAUCCCAUUAGAUCAAAUAGAUAUUAAUGUUGGCUUUGACAGUGGUAUAGACAGGAUUUUCUUAGUUUCCCCAAUUACCAUUGUCCAUGAAAUUGACGAAGAUAGUCCUUUAUAUAAUUUAAGCAAACAGGAUUUGGACAAUUCUGACUUUGAAAUUGUUGUAAUACUGGAAGGGAUGGUGGAAGCUACAGCAAUGACAACACAGUGCCGGAGCUCCUAUCUGGCAAAUGAAAUAUUAUGGGGCCAUCGAUACGAGCCGGUUCUUUUUGAAGAAAAGUGUUACUACAAAGUAGACUAUUCAAGGUUCCACAAAACCUAUGAAGUGCCCAACACCCCUCUUUGUAGUGCAAGAGACUUGGCAGAAAAGAAGUUCAUUCUAUCGAACACAAACACAUUUUGCUAUGAAAAUGAAGUGUCACUAACCAGUAAAGAAGAAGAAGGCAGUGACACUGGGGUACCAGAUAGCAUGAGCACAGAUAUGCAUCGUGAGAUGGACCAUCACAACCAAGUUCCUCUUGAGCCUCGCCCUCUGAGGCGAGAAUCGGAAAUAUGACUCAUAAACUGCUAUCUCCAGCUUAUCAAAUUGGUUUGUCAGCACCUAAUGCUGAAUAGGGGCCCAACGCAGUUUUCAAAUGUCGGUACUGUUAAACAGAGGUAUCAAAGCAACCGGCAACCAUCGCUAAGAUGAAAGCAAUUGCAGAUAUGAAAGAUUUGGGUUGAGGCAAAUUAUGUUGGAACAUUGCGUUUCACGUCACUGGACAAAAGUCCCUCCAUGCAUUGUGAUACGUGGCAAUGUUCUACGCAGGGAAGCUCCAGACGCAUUGUGGUAGAUAACAAAACAAUCACUGUAGAUUGUCGCUCCAUCUAUUGGUCUCCACGUAAACCAAGUAACUUCAGAUCACCACCAGGUCUACGCUGGGUGUCCUUAGUGCGAUGAAUACAAUAUGUUUAAAUGGUUGGACUGCCGAGACUGAGCACAACAUUUUUUUUCAAAUCUAACCAGAUGGCACAUAAUGUAAAAUUUGUGUACAUUGUUUUGACAAAACUUGAACUUGCAGACAAGCUUGUUUAGUUUUCAACUUCUCUGUAAUAUUGGGAACAAGUCCAUUUUUAAUGGCAUAACAGUAGGCAAUCAUCUGCCUUAAAAUUUAAGCUGCUGCUAUAUUUACAUACACCCGUUCAGUUCUGCUGAGGGGUACAUUUUGUGUUUCAGUGUUUUUAGUUGUUUUGAAAGAAAUAGGCGAUACAGUGAUAAGCAGGCUGUUGGCCAACAAAAAUGCCAAAUUUUGCAAGAAAAAUGUCUAUAGUAUGUGUGUGCAUAUGUUUGUCUGUGUGUAUUUUAUGUUAUUUCAGCCACACAAAGGGCAAGUCCAGCCAAUGAUACUUGCAUUGUGAGAGUAGCCUGGAGACCAUUCAGGGGGUUAUUCAAAGGUUGCAACCUUUUUAUUCUUUAACCUACACAGACUAUGUACUAAAUCUGGUACUACACACGCAGCCUGGAGCUUUGGCAAACCUUGGUACAUCUCUCUAAGUGAGUUGUAGGUAAACUCUAGAGAUUAAGUUCAGAUUAUAUUUUUCUAAUUAAAAAAGACAAAAAAAAAACCUUUCUAAGCGUAUACCAAAGGAAAUGCUGUUUGAUCCUACUCCUAGCUGAGUGUGAAAAUAGCUGUAUUCUAAUUUACUUUUUUUAAUAAUAGAUUUUUAUU